AUGUCUGCGAAUGCCCUCGUCAUCAGCACCACCUCAGACGGUCUUGGCGCAGCAUGCACGAAGCCACGAGCAGUACGAGAUGAUGAACCUCUCAAGCGAUACCUGGCAAAGAAGCUUGAGUUUGUCCUCAACUCGAGCGGCCUGAACCCAACUCGGGUACGCUUCGAUACCCUCGACCAGCUACCGCACGGCUACUCGGGCUGGUCCGCGCCCCGUCAGCAAAGAACUCUAGGCCAACCGGUCUACGAGGACAAGUACAUAGCAGGUCAUCCCAAGGGACAGCCAUACCUCUCCUAUCUGGCGUUCUUCGACCAUUUCUGCUGGCUACAGUGGUAUGGUCAGGCCCCUGGAUUACCUUGCUGCUUAUGCACUGACAGCGAGAGAGGCAAGGAUGAGGGCCUCCGUACACCAGUACCUAAUGGCCCUCUCCCGCCACUGCAAGUGGUGAAUGUCUUGCAACCUGCUGUCGCGGCGCCGACUGUUCCAGCUCUUCCGACAAUGAGCGCACCAAUGGCUGCCGCUUCCUCCUUAGCCCCAGCUCCGCCAGUCGCAGCGGCUCCUGCUGCAACUCCUCAGACUAUGGCUGCACCAACGGCUGGCGUUUCCUUCUUCGCCCCAGCUCCGCCUGCAGCCGUAGUGCCGCAAAGCGCUCCCUUCUCUCCGGGCAUCAACCAGACUUCUGCUCGGCAGAGCAGCAUAUCUUCAUCAACCCCGGCAGCUUUCAAACCUGGCGCUGACCUCGAUAUCAUGCUGUCUGAGGGUGUCUCGGACCAGGAGAUGUCAGAUCUCUUCCAGACCGGAAGCUCAUCUGGUCAAGAAGCAGCCGAGGAAUUUGAACAGGUCUCUGUGUACGAUGACAUCGAGAUCAUCAAAACAAGUGCUGAAGAUCGCUUCCGCCUCGCCAAAGAACAGCUCGCUUCCGCCAAACAGGAACAAACUCGAGACGAGAACAGAAUUGCUGCCCUUACAGUGGCGAAGUACCAAAAAGCCGUCGAGCAGGAGAUGGCGCUCAGGUAUUGGUUGAAGACGCUACAUGAGAAGCCUGCAACGUCGGGACGUUCCCGCGAUGGGAACUCCAUGUCGUCAACCGAGCCCCAAGGUGCUCGACAGGAUCGUAGCAGCGAUGAAGCCCAAGACCUACUGAGUGCGGCCGAGGUCGGUGCUGGAGAGCCCAUCGAUGAUACCGCUGCACCAGAACUUUCCGCCGGGGGCGCACAGGAGAUCUUGCGGGCGAGUAAGGCUAGGUCCAGCCACGGCGAUCUUUUCUAA